UCCGGUAUGGACAGCCGCUUCAUUCCUCAACUUUUUACAGGAGAUUAUAUCACAAUUCUUUCACGUUUACCCCGGUGUAGUGUCUCUGAAAAUGGAUUUCUGAACGGGAUAAGCCAUAAAUGAGCGCGACGUGAGCCAAAUUGAGAGUUUAAAAUAAUUUUGUUUCGUUGUUCGAGUUGUUGAAGGAAGAAGGAAAAUGCCAGUUGCAACUCUUCUGCCUUUCACCGCGACUCCGAAUAGGAAGUCUGCCAGCCCGACCUCUUUCAGGUUGACAGAGAAAUUUAUUUUGUUAUUAGUGUUCAGCGCCUUUAUCACACUGUGUUUUGGUGCCAUUUUCUUCCUGCCGGACUCGUCCAAGCUGCUCAGUGGAGUUUUCUUCCACUCCUCCGCGGUGGAGACCAACACCCGCACCGGUCCGGACAGCAGCGACUCCGGUUCGGCUGGAAACGACGUGCGGGUCCUGGCCAAGAUAAAGAAAGACCACGAGAAAGCUCUGCUGGAGGCCAAGGACACGCUGCAGAAACGGCCCGACGAGAUAAAACAAGCCAUCAAAAUCGAGAAGGAGAAAGUUGUCCAGGAUAGUAUGGGUCAAGGUGGGAAGGAUGACAGUAAUUUGCCCUUCAUUGAGUACCACCGCCCGCCCGGGUCGACAGGACACGAACCUCUUGACCCCGAAACCAGGGAGAGACGGGCCAAAGUGAAAGAGAUGAUGAAGCACGCAUGGGACAGCUACAAGCGCUUCGCCUGGGGUUCCAAUGAACUCAGGCCUGUCUCCAAGCAAGGCCACUCCAGCAAUCUAUUUGGUAAUAUGAAGGGAGCAACAAUCGUGGACGCUCUGGACACUCUCUACAUCAUGGAGAUGUAUGAGGACUUUGACGCUGCUACGGACUGGGUGGAGAAGAACCUUGACUUCAACGUGAAUGCGGAGGUGUCGGUGUUUGAGGUGAACAUCCGGUUUGUUGGAGGCCUGCUGUCCGCCUACUACCUGUCUGGAAAAGAGGUAUUUCGCAGAAAGGCAGUGGAACUGGGAGAAAAGCUGCUGCCGGCCUUUAAAACACCCACUGGCAUCCCCUGGGCUCUGCUUAACCUCAAGAGUGGGAUUGGAAGGAACUGGCCGUGGGCCUCAGGUGGCAGCAGCAUCCUCGCCGAGUAUGGCACCCUGCAUCUGGAGUUCAUGCACCUCAGCAAACUAUCUGGAAACCCAGAUUUUGCUCAGAAGGUGAUGAACAUUCGGAAAGUCCUAAAUCGUCUGGACAAACCCCAGGGACUGUAUCCCAACUACCUGAACCCCAACAGUGGCCAGUGGGGCCAGCAUCAUGUGUCGGUGGGUGGUCUAGGCGACAGUUUCUAUGAGUACUUGCUCAAGGCCUGGCUGAUGUCCGACAAGACUGAUGACGAAGCCAAGAAGAUGUACUAUGAUGCCCUGCAGGCCAUAGAGACCAACCUGAUGAGGAAGUCAAGCAACGGGCUGACCUACAUAGCAGAGUGGAAGGGGGGGCUGCUGGAACAUAAAAUGGGUCAUCUGACCUGUUUUGCGGGUGGAAUGAUCGCCCUUGGCGCUGACGGAGCGCCCAGCGACAAGACGGGCCACCAGAUGGAGCAGGCUGCUGAGAUCACCCGAACCUGCCACGAGUCCUACACGAGGACAGCACUGAAGCUUGGUCCAGAGGCGUUUCGUUUUGACGGAGGGGUGGAAGCUAUUGCCACACGCCAAAACGAGAAAUACUUCAUCCUCCGUCCCGAGGUCAUUGAGACCUACAUGUACAUGUGGAGGUUCACCCACGAUCCCAAAUACAGGGAAUGGGGCUGGGAGGCUAUUCAGGCCUUGGAGCAGCAUUGUAGGGUAGAAGGAGGCUACAGCGGCGUCAGGGACGUCUACGCUUCAAGUCCCAAUCACGAUGAUGUACAACAGAGCUUCUACUUGGCUGAGACACUCAAGUACCUGUACCUGUUGUUCUCUGACGACGACCACCUACCGUUUGAUCACUGGGUUUUUAACACCGAGGCCCACCCUCUGCCAGUCAUUAAGAAGGACAACACAGACAGACCCAACGAAGUGGAGUAGAGUGGAGUGGAGACCUUCAAGCCCACACCGCCUCAUGCUGACUGCUCUCCAACCAAGUGCAGCAACCUCUGAUCCCGUACACGAGUCCAGAGCUGUCUUAUCUUAAAGAGUCACGCCCUGAUGCCUCUCGAUACGAUGCUCACCUCGCUUUUCAUUUUCCCUGGGAACAAAUCAAAACUCAAGCCAGUCAACGCUGAGUUUGAGCUAUUAAAUUUCAGCCUGGGGAGCAAAAAACUGAUUUGGAAACAUUUUAUACAUACAGCUCUGGCUGAGUCCUGACGCUGGCCUGAACCCAUGUAGGAACUGGUAAUGUAGUAACUGCCAGAUAAUGCAACAGCUUGUCUAAACGUAAUACAUUAUCCAUCUACGUCAGUUUAAAAUGUUAAAGUGCCAUACCAGUGAUUUUGCAUGUUUAGCGUAAUAUAUACAAAAUGUAUACAGUUUUUGAUAUGAAAAUAUGAAAAUGAUAUGAAACGAUAUGAAAAUUAACUUUCAGAGACUUCAGUGGUGGAUUGUAACAGUCUCUCCUCUGGAAAACAGUCCCUAGGGAAACUUUUGUUUUUUCACACUGAAUUAUCAAUUCUUUGGUUUAUGAAUGGCAACAGCUUUGUUAGUCACAGAAACAGAGCAUUACAAGGUGAGUGUUUUGGCCAUACAUUAAUAUUUAAAAAUGGAGGGGUUUUGAUGAUCAUAUGUUGUGAGAUAUUAGGACCCCUGCAUGAUUUGUAAAAUGGUUUAUGCUGAUGCAAAAUGAUUGGUAAAUUGUAGUAAAUAGGCCAAAUAUUCAAAAUCACUGGUAUGGUCCUUUAAUGUAAUAAAUUAUGACACAACAUAGUGACGUCAUCAGAUUGGUAUUGUAAUUUUUUGCACUUUUUUUUAAAAUGUCACUAUAUUAUCUGGUAGUUGAUUACAUGGACAGGUUUUGGUAUAUUAUCAGUUGCUACAACUUGUCUGUUUGUUGUGACGGAGAAUACUGAAACGCUUGAACCAGUCGUCUCCCUUAUCUGGCAACCUCAACCCCAACCCCAGUCCCAUACCCGCUCACCCCCAAACCUUCAUUUGAGGAUAAGAAGGCUGACUCAACAACUCAGUGGGCUAAAAGGACGCUCUUUUCACUUCAAGUGUCGUGUUUUCUUUCUGCUCUACGGUUCCUACUGCUUCAGUGUUUGAAUAGGGACUGGUAUCCUGGCCCAGCGCCGGUUCCGUCGCCACCUAACUUCCACACUCUCUUCAGAGAAACAAGAGAUGUUUUUUUUUGUUUGUUUGUUUGUUUUUUAGAUGUCUUUGCGUUAGCAGCGGAAAGACACAGCAGAAUCCAAGCCUCUUUUUUAUAAACUCUCAGAUUCCUUCAGUCUUUCGGACCUUUCCAGCUCUUUCACCCAUUACCUGUGACAGCUCCUUCCUUCUGUCGAGUUCCGUGUGAGGCAGGACGGCCGGUCGCGCCGCCUCGCCCACCAGUGUUGUUCCUUUCCUCCUCUCUGUGUUUUCUUGUAGCCAUCCUUCUUCUGUUUACCCGCGAUCUAUAUAUCUAUAGAUCUUUGUCUGGUUCUCAGUUUUGUUUUGUGUUUUUUGUUUGUUUGUUUGUUUGUUUUGCAUUCCUUUUUUUCUGCUUCUCAGAUUUCCACCUAUUUUUCUAGGGUUAGAUCGAUAUGGUGUUUUCGAUGCCAAUAGUAAUGUUUUUUGUUUUUUUUUAAUUGAAACAGACAGAUGAUAUUUUAUUCCCUAUCUUUAUAUUUAACUAUUUCCAUACCAUAAAAAAAAUCACCCAAAAUUACAUAUACUUAAGUGUUUCCCCAGAAUUGUAUUCUUGGUGGGACAGAAAAGCCUCAAGGGUUCAAAGGAUGUUGCUUUUAGAAGGUAGAUCAGUAUUUUUAGAUUGAAGUAUUUGAACUGAAGGCAUUUUUUAGACUGAGACCUCAUUCCACACUACUAGGAUUCAAAUAAUAUGGGUUUUUGGGGAGGUGAAUUUUUCUGUCAGCACUGAUUAUCUUUAUCUCUCAUUGUUCCUAAAAUUUUACUAUUUUCAUGCCAAAUAAAUUACAAUUAUUUCCCCAAAUUUUUACUCUUGACAGUGUAGACAAGCCUCUGACACAGCUUAAGUAGUCAUCCGUACGUAGUUUUGUGGAAUCUGAUCAAACUGUCUUCAGGUUAAAGGCUUCCUACAGACUAGCGGUGUAGCAUAUGGGCCUGGUAUAGUGGCAGAUAUCGGUCUAACCCUCCUCUGUUUGCAGUAUUGCUUCUUCAUGACCACCUGGUCUCCUUCUGCCCACCCUUGCCUCUGUCUGUCCGUCCUCCAACCCCCAGUGCAGGGUAGGCUGUAGGAUCUUUUCUCCUCUGUGAGGAGAUGUGGACACUCAACGUCAAUGUAAUAUUCCACCCUCACACACACAAACACACACACAUACAAGAAGCCAUACUGAUUUCAAUACAGCUUUACCAUUCAGUCGUUCCAGUUUUCUUUCCCUAAGCCCUCCACAGGGGGGCGUUGUAAGUGUGCGUGGUUGUGUGACUAAAGAUAUCAAUGUAAUUCAACACAAACUGCGUUGUUGUCGCUGUACAUUUUAUGUUCAACAAGAGUCACACUCAGCAGAGUAUUUAGUUGGAUUUUAGGGUGGAGAUUUCUCUUGAGACCACACAGCUCUGUAGCCUGCUAAAAUCCAGUUUAGUCUUCUAUCUAGUGCCUUCACUGUCAAAAAACAGGAAACCAGGAGAGAAGCAGCUCACACAAACAGAAAAGAGUAGAGUCUUGAAUAGUCUUAGAGCUUUAAUUUAAGGUCCUGCGCCUCAGAUGAGGAUUAUACCAAAACUAGACAUGGAUUAAAGGAUAAUGCCUGUUUUUAUGUGGCAUUCUCGUGGCUCUCCGGCAUGAGAGUGAUAUAAGAACUGGGUGAAAAUUAUAGUUUGGUGCUGCUGGUCUUAAUUGGGUUGGGAUUACCAGACCAUCAAAACCAUCCACAUGCCAAAAGGUUUGUCUGAGUAUCGCAUUAAAAAUCCUUCGAAGUAAAACUAAAAUUGUCCAUGAAGACGAUCUCCACUAGUAGACACUUGUACUGUUACCAGUCUUACUAGUUCUAGCUCCUGCUUUUUAAUCCUAGUUUGACCAGUGUCUGUGAAAACAGCCCUCAGAUGCGAGCUGAGACCCAACAGAGUGCUCACUCAUCUGUCAUGUCCUCUGCCAGACUGCCAUCUAGUGGCAAGAGUUUCCAAUUACUGCCCAAAACAGACCUGAGUCAAAUGAGUGGAGUCAGGUACCCAGUGGUCACCUGCUGAUCAGCCAGCUCUUUUAUCAAGAGUCUGAGUUUUGAAAAUGUUCUGUAAAUCCAAUUUUAAUGAAAUCAUUCAAUGUAAUAAUUAACUGAAGUGAAAAUAUAAAACUGAGAUAGGAGUCCCAAGGUAUUUACCGGACAACAGUGAUAGGCGGAAUUUGAAAAUGAUCCACCAGUGAAAAAACUGAAUGAAUUUUAUUCUAGCACUAGUGCACUGCAAAAAAUCUCCAUCUUAACAAGGAGUUUAGUGGUCAGUCUUAAAAUCUUUUUUUUUUUUUCUACAAACAAAGUAGAAAAAUCAAGUUGAUCAGGGUUGGAAACAACUUGAAGAUUUUUUUUUUUUUUUUGUCAGUGUUCAAACAAGAUUUGAACACUGACAAUGAUACUGAAUGUUUUGUUAAGAUGGAUAUUUUUUGCAGUGUAUAUUAACAAUGCCAGGAAAUUGUACUGAGGUAACUUAGCCAAGCAGCAGAAAAAGACAAUAACAAGCAAGAUGAAAAUUCAAUGGCAAAAAACUCAUUUCAGCAAUGGGACCUGACUAUGAUUUGAAUGUAUGACGUUAAAAUGGCCAUGUAGCAUGGUGAUAUUUCUGGCACAGUACAGUUAAUAUGGAUUGUGCUUACUAUAGGAUAGUGACUGUCAUGACUCCAUAUCUCAUAAUGAUUUACGCAACCCAUAUGCCACCACACCUGUAUAGGGGUAGGGAGCCAUACCUGGACUUUGCAUGUUUAGUGGAAUAUCUACAAAAUGUCUUUACUCCAUGUUUCUGCUAAUCUUUUCCCAAAGCAAGCAGUCACAUUUUAGAAACCUGACAUAUUUUAGAAAUCUGAUAUCAUUUUUCCUCCCUUUUAGCCAGCCAUUGGUUGUCAUUCAUUCCACUAGGAUAUGAAAAUGAACUUUCAGAGACUUCCUUUUCCUUUCCUCACACCAGUAUUCCAUCACCAUAAUGAAGUAAUUAGUUUUUUUAAACAUUUGUUUUCCCAAA